GUCCGCAGUCUCUGGUCAUCCCCUGUACUGUGUCCGCAGUCUCUGGUCAUCCCCUGUACUGUGUCCGCAGUCUCUGGUCAUCCCCUGUACUGUGUCCGCAGUCUCUGGUCAUCCCCUGUACUGUGUCCGCAGUCUCUGGUCAUCCCCUGUACUGUGUCCACAUCUCUGGCCAUCUCCUGUACUGUGUCCACAGUCUCUGGUCAUCCCCUGUACUAUGUCCGCAGUCUCUGGUCAUCCCCUGUACUAUGUCCGCAGUCUCUGGUCAUCUCCUGUAGUAUGUCCGCAGUUUCUGGUCAUCUCCUGUAUGUCUGCAGUUUCUGGUCA